CUCAAGUUUGUGUAUCAACUUUUAUUACGAUAUUAGCCGAUGUUAGAUUUUUUUUGGCGGAAAAACAUUACAGUAAGACUACCUAAACUGAGGAUAAAUAUAUAUGGCAAAGGAAAACAUGUUAAACUUUAGUAAUUGUGUAACUGUUGUACAGAAUAGAACAACCGAGAUUAUAUGAAUGAAGGUUACUGAUAAAAUAAUAUGUUAAUUUAAGUUGAAUUCCAUUCCAUUAAAUCGUUAAUGGAAAUAAAUAUCCUAAAAUUAAUAAAUAUAUUCUAUAUUUGAAAUCAGGUUAAGACCAUCCAUGUGAAAAAAGCAGAGAAACAGAGAAGUUAAGGGAAUACUUGGAUUAAAAGGUUUAUUAUCAUCGGGAAGCAGUAUCAGCGCAAAAUGACUAGCCAUAACGAAGGAGGAAAACAUAGAUGCGAAAUAUGCUAUAAAGUAUUUUCUUUCGUAUGUCAACUUACAUUACACAUGAAAAUUCACACCGGUGAGAAAAACUAUAGAUGUGAUGUGUGUGAUAAGUCCUUCUCUAGUUAUAGUGGUCUGAAAGCUCAUGCUCGAAUUCACACUGGUGAGAAAAAUUAUAAAUGUGAAAAUUGUGAAAAAUCAUUUUAUUUUAGUUAUGAACUUAUAAAACAUUUUAGAAUUCAUACAGGAGAAAAGAAUUUCAUAUGUAAAAUUUGUGAUGUCUCAUUCACACAUAGCAGUCAACUUAAAAGACAUGUGCGAAUUCACACUGGUGAAAAGAACUAUGUGUGUGAAGUAUGUGACAAAGCAUUUGCUCGUGGUUGUACUCUCAAAUUACAUAUGGCCAUUCACACUGGUACAAAAAACUAUAAGUGUGACGUAUGCAGUAAAUCAUUUACUCAAAGAAUAGGUCUUCAAACGCAUAUGGACAUUCACUCAGGCAUCAAAAAGUAUACGUGUGAAAUAUGUGAAAAAGCGUUCGUUCAAAAGUCUGGACUGAAAAGGCAUUUGACAAUUCACACUGGCCAAAAGGACUUUCAAUGUACAAUAUGUGAUAACAAAUUUGCUAGAAAAGAAUCACUUGAAAUGCAUAUGUUAAUUCACACUGGUGAGAAAAAUUAUACAUGUGAAAAGUGUGAUAAAACAUUCUUACAAAAAAGUCAUUUGAAUUCACAUAUGAUUAUCCACACUGGCUUGAAAGAUUUUAAAUGUGAUCUAUGUGAUAAACAUUUUCAUUAUAAAUCUAAUCUUACUUCACAUAUGGCAACUCAUACUGAUAAAUAGAACUAUAGAUGUCAAAUUUGCAAUGCAGUCUUCAGACAUAAAAUAACCAUAUUGGACCCAGUUGUGAAAUUAGUAAUGAAUAAGUCACAGAAAGGGUGAAAAAAGCAAAUGACCAUUCACAAGAGAUCAAGGAUAUUGUUUAAGUGUAGGUUUAAUACAACAUUUAUUGAACGAGUUAAAUAAAAUCAUAUUAUACGAGCCUCUGGCGAGCAUGGUAUUGCUUUAUUCAACGAGUUUAAUACUAGUAUAUUAAGUAUUAAAUCUACAUGAAUAUAAUAUUAUUUUUAUCACAUAUACAAAAUAAGAAAACUGUUAAAAAGAGGCAUUAUUCAUUGUCACGCCUAUCGUGUAACGCUAACAUUAGCGCCCUUGAACGCUAUGUUUUUAUAUAGCGCAAAAUUAUUGACGUAACGUCAAAACGUCAUUACACCAGUGUGAGAGCGUAUUUACCAAAUGGCUUUAUUACACUUCUGCACCGCGGUUUAUGUGAUAAGUGAUUUUGACUCGAACCCAUGCCGAUUUUGCGACUUCGUAAAAAUGGUAUUGCACGGUCUAUUCGAAAUAGAUAUAUGUAUCACAACACUUGAGAUUCAGUAGAUGAUUUUAAACAUUUUAAAAUAAGUAUUGUAUAUAAAAUAUAAGAUAAUAUUUGUUUUGACAAUACUUGUAUAUAUCUUCAGACUUGCGGGGUCUCCAGAUAUAUGGUAGUAAAUUGUCGAAAUAAAUUAAUUUUACACAUGGGUAGGAUUUUCUUAAUAAUAGUUAAGGGUUUUUUAUCACAUGAUAAGACAUGGUUGCUAAUCUAGUUCUCAUUUCUAUUCUUAUUAAGUAAAGAAGUUUGGUUUUAGAGGGCUGAUCAUUACUUAUGACAGAAUUUUAAGUGUUUU